AUGGACGUGCCCGCUUUUCUAGAGGGGGAGGGCGACCCGGCAGAGGUGGAGGGUGCUGGGCCUGCAAUCCACGCACCCUUCUCCCUCGAUGACGACUUGGGCGUGGAGGAGUGCAUUGAGCCCGUGGACGUAGGCGCCGUGGAGGCCGAACUCAAGUCUCUGCUCGCCCCUCCCAGCUCUCCAUCUGCCGCUCUGCCCACCACUUCUGCUCCCACCUCACAGCCCACGCCGUCUUCCUUCCACCACAUUGCAACCGCUCAGCCCUUCUCACCACGGGAGUGGGUGUUGUCCUUCUUUACUGGUGAGGCGCGAACGAAGCGGAGGGCUGCACUCGUGGCCCGCUUCACGCCGCUCUACGUCGGGUGGCGCGAGGCUCGCGACGUUGAUCCCGAUCGUGAUGAGGGUGCUGCCCAGGAGCAAGACGCAUACGCCGAUGCCCCUGCGGGCAGCGGUGAUGCUCGACACUACUCGGCGUUCCCGCACGAGCGACGGCUGUCGUCCGUCGUGCUCGACCGGCACGUCGUCGCCCCGCUGGCGCUGGUGUGCGCGGCCGCCAUGUGGCUCUACGCGUCGCAGGGAAACUGGCUUGCGGUUGCCUUCGCCGUCUUCGCAGCGCUCGUCGGGCUCAACGCCCUCGCGCUCCACACGGAGGAGUGGCUCACGGAGCGAACGCACCAUCGCAACCUCCGCGCGCUUCAGCGGAUCGCGCAGCGUAGUGCCGACUACCAACGCGUCGAAUCCGAGCUUCUGGCGCGCGGCUACAAAAUUGGCCAGAGGCUGGGACCCAUAUCGCGGAUGGAGGCGAACGGGCCAGUUCAGUCGCUGGCGGCCAUGCGCCUGCGUACGCUGCUGCGACGGUCGAUCGACGCUCUCCGCUCGGCCUUUCGUGCGGUCCCGUCAGCGUCGCCGUCGUCGACGCCCACGGCUUCAUCGCAUUCUGAAAUGUCGAGCGCCGAAGCGGAGGGCACCGAACGGGAUGCCGACUACUGGAAUCGGACGCUGGCGGUGCUGAAACAGGACUACUACGCUCUGCUCAACGAAUCGGAAGAGCACUUGGACCGCCUCGCCGACAUUCUACCUGAGUUGGGGGCGUACGGCCUGAGAGCGCACCUGGAGCGGCUGAGCGAGCUCUACGCCCGGCAGUGCUUGGCCUUGCAGGCCGCACUCAAGGGCCAGCGCGGCGUUGCGGAGAGCAAGAAGCGGGGCCUGCCCCGAGCGGCGCCUCGCCGCCUGGGCGAUAAGAAGUCGCCCAGGGCCAAGCUGGCGGCGAAGCUGGACCGCAUCCUGCAGCUGUCCAAGCAGACCCGCGCCACGACCCGCCUGUUGCUGCAGCUC